AUGGAGCCAGCUGCCGCCAUCAUCACCAAGCUUGCGGAAAGCAUCUGUGGCCUAGAAGCGUACGCGCAAGUGCCGGGUAGCGUCAGCAAGGGUACGGAAUGCCGAGGGAACGAUGUCGAUCUUCACUUGUACACUGCGAAGCCCACCACUCCGGAACAGCGGGAAUGUCAAUCUCAUGAGGGAACUUCCGAUCUUCAACCGAUCGUUCACAGCAUUCGCCGCCGAAAACCGGUUGCAGGAGGCCACCUUGCGUCGGUCCCAGUUCACGCUCCCGGUCCUGCAGCAGCGCCGCGUGUCCUUCUCGCACUCACUCGGCAGCAGAUAAAUGAAAUUUAUGAGCGAGGUCACUACGCUGAAGCUGCCGCUGACCGCGGACUGGAGAAGAGUUCAACCAUCGAUAUUCAGAAGCUCAGGGCAGAUGCGCAAUCAGAGUUGCAGAAGCAGGGCUCGCCUCCGAAAUGCAAACCGGAAACAUUGAAGUGUUGGAGUCGCGUUCUUUAUAAGACCGCUGUACAUGUGGUUGAGGCUGCAGGCAGCGGUGACUUCGCUGCCCCAUCCGAUGCGCUGCAGUGCUGCCGACAACUACCGCCGGAGAACCCAGACGGGUGGUCCAUCAUCAUCCGUCCUGAAGUUUACGAGCGUCAUGCAGCCCUUGAGGAGCAAUUCCCAAUCCAACUACUGGGGGGAAGUAUGGGGUCGGUGUCUGAUGCGUCGGCGCGGAUGACGGAGCUUCAAUCACCGCCAGCCAAUGCUUCUUUUGUCUCUCACGAAUCACCCUGCGUGACUCUGUACGGUUCCGGCACGAAAGGAAUUCAGGAUUGCAUGUUUAGACGAUUGGCUUCAGCGGGUGUCCUGUUGGACGAGGGUGCAGCAGUUACGAUGGAGAGAUGCGACUUGCGCGAAUGGUUCAAAGUCGGUGUUAAAGCUCGCGGGCAGGACACAUCCGCGCGUCACCAUCGUUGUAACAUUCGGGACUGCAAGCGCCAAGCGGUCGUAUUCGGGGGCGAGUCCAAACAACUGGAGAUGGAAACUCCCCCGUUGUCUUCCGCCAUGUUGUUUGACCGUCGCAAAUGGACGGACGAUGACAAUGCGCGCCAACGAGAUCUUCAACAAAGCCGUUUGGUGAAUUUGUUUGCUGACCCUACAGUUGCCACGAAGAUCGCAAUGACCGGGGAGCGAGAAUUGCCGUGCUCAACCAAGCUUAGUCUGUCUUUCUUAACGCGUAUAUACUUCGAGAUCGAGCGUAAAGAAAGGGGAGAUGUGUAA